CCUCGAUAUUUCAUAUUUCUCUCGAGUAAAAGGACUGUACUCGGACUAUCCACAGUCACUGUCAUCGUUCAAAAUGCUUUUGAAGCUUCAAUCGCAGGCCUCGUGCUCCUACCCAGUGUACAUCAUAGCAGGCGCGACUUGAGGCAAACAACUCUUGGGCACUUGCCCUGCAAGAUGUGCAAGAAUGGCAGGCUCCUUGCGGUCAAUGUUUACAACGCCCAUCUUGUCUGGCACUUCUCGAAUCGCCUUGCCAAUGCCCUAAUCACCGCCCUCGCAGUAUCGUGUGCGCAUCACUACCGUAGCACUCCCACGGAUGCAUCGUUAUCCUCACCAAAGACCUCUACUACACUCGCUGUAGUCUAAUCACCUGUGACAAUGGCUUACCUCAAUGUGCCCAUCGAAACGCCGUCUUCAACAAACAUAUCACCAACCGUCCCCAGCGGCGAAGACGCCCCCUCCAUCGAGCACAUUUCAUUCAACUACUACCUCCUCUUCCUCGGUGUACCUGUUGCACUCAUCGCUCUAGUCUACUUUCGCAUAUACCGACACAGAGCCACACAGCGUCAGAACGGUCAGCGGACAGAAGCGAGGUACGUCGAAGGAUGGCCUCGCAUUCGCAGUCUCGUGCGUGGGACAUAUGGGAUUAAUGAUUCUGUUGUUUCAAGGCAACCUGAGGGUCUGAACGAGCAUGUGCCCAAUGUCGAUGUCCAUGUCGAGGACGGGCCGAACGAGAACGGAGAAGCGCCACCACCCUACCAGCCCAAAGUAGAAGAGACAGAGGCGGUGGUUGCGAUAUCUCUUCAGGCUCUACAGAUGGACGAAACUGUUCGGCGAGAGACGGUUGGUGAACAACCGCCAUCACAGUACACUGCAGCAGAGCGCACGGCUUCCACUCUCAGCACGGGAGAAGAGGUCACGCAGACAGAGGCAGAAUCUGGGGCGAGGUCACGAUGUACAGGCCGGAUAUAGGGACUUUAGUUGAUAAUGGGAGUGAAGUGCCGAGACACGACCAGGGACGCUGCGCUAGUAAUCUCUACCCCCAAGAAAGAGACACAUCAGAGAGGGAUAGACAUGAGGAAAACAUGAAAGAAGAACGAUAACAGAGAAAGAGCCUGGUCGUCCGAGACACCCAUUCAACUCCAAAACGGACCUAUACCCUGUUGCUGUUGC